AUGGAUUCUGCUGCUCUGUAUAAGGCUGUCACUGAAGGUGAUCAUUCAGCUUUGCGCUUGGAGUUUUUAAAAGCAUCAGAGAAUGAUCGCGUCCAACAACAGAGUGAUCAAAACAAGAACACUCUUCUCCACAUCGCUGCCAACUCCAACAACGUUCAAGUUGUGGAGGUAAUCCGUAAAAACCAACCAAAAACUAUACUCAGAAGCAAGAACUACAGAGAAGACACCCCACUUCACAUUGCGGCGCGGAAUAAUAAUGUUGAUGUGGUUAAGUGUAUGUUGAGAUGGGGCAAGGAAACAGAUAAAGCAGAGAAACGAGCAAAACGAUAUGAAACGGGGAAGUUAAAAAACAGAGAUGGGAACACGGCUUUACAUGAAGCUGUUCUUAGGCGUCACUGUGAGGUGAUUGAGGUAUUGAUGGAGUGGGACAAAGAGGUCAUUUUCAUGAAGAAUAACAGCGAAGAAUCACCACUUUAUUUGGCUGCUGACCGUGGAUUGCACGUUGUGCUUGAGAAGAUGAUGAAAUUUGCAACGGAAGUUGACAAUUCCCAGAAGAAGAAAGAUCUCAGUAUCUACGUCGGCCCUGAUGGAAGGACACCUUUGCAUGCUGCCAUUUCUAAUAAGCAUAAAUUAUGCGUCAACAUUCUACUGGACAAAAAGAAGGACCUCAUUAGUAAAGCAGAUGAAGAUGGAAGAAUUCCUCUUCAUUAUGCAGCAUCAUUUGGCCAUUCUGAAGAAGCUGGUUGCUUACUACAGAACCAAGACGCUUCUUCGUCUAUUGCUCACCAAAAGGACCACCAAGGCGUCUAUGCCAUACACAUGGCAGCCAUUGAAGGCCAUACUGGCAUAAUUAAAGCUAUUCUAGAAUGUUGCCCAGCAGCCAUAGAGACAUUAAACAAAGAUCAUCAGAACGUUGUUCACUUGGCUGCUAAGAAUGGGAGAGCGGAUUUAGUAAGUUACAUGAUGCUUCCUCAGAAGAAGAAAACUAAUAAGUUCGAUAAGCUUAAAAAUGCAAAGGAUAUUGAAGGAAACACACCACUACAUUUGGCCACCAAGAACUCGCAUCCAAAGGUUGUGAGCAUUCUCAUACGGGACGGGAAGGUAGACAUGACUAUCAUGAACGAUGAAGGCCUAACAGCCCGAGACAUUGCAGAGAAGGAGCAAAUGAAUGAGAUCUCAUUGCCAAAGGUUCUUUCCCUAACAGCUUUAAGAAUUAAUAAUGCACCAUCUGGUAGACGUUCUCCAAUUAUUGAGGAAAAUGCGUCAAUAGAGGAAGACAACACUUCAAAAGAUGUUCCUGAAACAGAAACUAACAAAACCAAAUCCAAAGAGAGGUUCAAUACUCUUGCGGUUGUACCAACGCUGAUCAUGACGGUCACCUUCGCCGCAGUUUUCACAGUCCCUGGAGGUUUCAACGCUGAUGGUCCAUACAAAGGCAUGGCUACAUUGUUAAGGAAGCCUGCAUUUAAAGUUUUUGUGAUCUGCAAUACCAUGGCUUUGUAUCUAUCUAUCAUUGUUGUGGUGAACAACAUAUGGGCACAGUGGGGUGACAAUCGUUUAUUGAAUCUUGCUGUUGAUUUAAGCUCACCAUUGUUGGGUAUAGCUCUCAUUUUGAUGGCUAUAGCAUUUGCAGCAGGUUUGUACUCGGUUAUACUUAAACUUCAGUGGCUUGCCUUCUUGGUUUUGGUGAUUGGAGCAAUCUUUCUUCUCUAUAUCAUAAUUCUUCUUCUUCUAUUCAAUGUUCUACAUAUGUCCAAGUACCGAGUUCUGCGGCGCAUCUGUAAGUUGGGCUUCUAUCUUUUGAUCUUCACAUUUGAUAGAUUCAUGACCAAACGAACUGUUGAUCACUAG